AUGUAUAACAAGACAAGUGCUACAUUGAUGCUGCAGACGAUUAUGGUGUUGAUGGAUAAACAGAAUUCUACUGAUGUGACAAAUUAUCCCACAAGUUUUAAUGACGAUGUCGAGUUGGAGCGUUGUUUUGGAGAUUACGGGUGCUUUUCUAAGGCAUACCCAUGGACGGAAAAUCGACCGGAUAAUUAUUUUCCUGUCCCACCUGAAGCUAUGGCAGUUCGAUACGCCGUUUUUACCAGACGAAACAGAAGGAUACCGGUCCUCUUCGAUUCAGACAAUAAGGAAAAGAUACAAAAUGCUAACCUUGACCCAAGAGGUCCAUUCUAUUUUAUAUCUCAUGGAUUUUUGGAAGGCGGCCAUAAAACAUGGAUCCAGAACAUGGCGGAUGCUCUUCUAAAUUUACAAGGAAAUUCGGCAGCAUCUGUGAUAGUAGUGGACUGGCGAGGUGGAUCCCAACCUCCGUACGGACAAGCCGUGGCCAAUAUUAGGCUCGUAGGCGUUAUGACUGCGCAUCUUAUACAUAAUAUUUAUGAAGUAUUGGGACUACCAAAUUUAGACAACUUUCACUAUAUAGGACAUUCUUUGGGGGCACAUUUAGGAGGAUACUGCGGACAUGCUCUGCAAAAGAAAUUUUAUCUAAAAUUGGGAAGAAUUACAGGAUUGGAUCCUGCAGCUCCAUACUUCAGUAAGACUGUCUCAUUAGUUCGUUUGGACAGGUCUGAUGCCAAAUAUGUGGAUAUAAUCCACAGCAAUGCUGUACCGCUAUAUUUCUCAGGAUUUGGCAUAACAGAGCCGAUUGGUCACGUGGAUUUUUAUCCUAACGGUGGGUCCGUGCAGCCGGGAUGCAAACAGUAUAACUCGCCUAGUGGCCUGUCGAACGAUCUGUCCUACCAACAAUUUGUGAAGCUGCUUGGAUGCAACCACGAGAGGAGCUACGAGUAUUUUAUUGAAAGUAUUGCGCCGUCCUGUCCAUUUAUGGCUGUACAGUGCGAAUCUUAUGAUGCUUUCUUAGCUGGCAACUGCACAAGCUGUAAUAAUCAUCAUUAUUGCAUACCGAUGGGCUAUUACUCCUACAGCAUAUACAGACGUUUGCAGGUCGGCGGCCUAGUGGACACCAACUCGAAUAUUGCUCUGUAUGCUAUAACUGGGAAUACUAAACCCUAUUGUAGAGUGCAUUACGAAGUAGUCGUGAAAGUGGCAAACUCGACAGAAAGUAGAACUCACGGUCCUGAAUCUGGGAAGUUAAUGAUAACUUUAGUUGACAAAAACUACAAUAAGAGCGAGCACAUGUCUCUGACUGACACGCAAAAGUUCUACAAACCCGGUGACUUAGAAACGAAAAUGAUUGCUGUUAAAGACACGGGUCAUCCCCCAAUAUUACUGGUCGUGGAGUGGAAGUAUGAGACCAAUCUAUUUAACCCAAUGACGUGGCGCCUAUUGAAGAGUUCUAGCAUUUAUGUAGACUAUAUUAAAUUAUCUUCCAUUGAAUACAACACAGACAUUACUGUUUGCCCAAAACAAAACAAGCCAAUCGUAGCUAACCUGCCUGCAAUAAUGAAGACGAAAUAUUGCAAAUUUAGAAAAUAA